AUGGCGGGGCUAGCGUCGUCACCUGGCAGUAGGACGUCUCGGCGGGACACCGAAAGCUACAGCAGACAGCGCCGAGAUACUGUAGACGGUAGGAAGACAGCUGAAUACAACGGCGAUCGGCACAUCAAGGAACUUGGUAACAGGAAUCACCAGAGUGACAAUGACCAAGAAGCGGAAAGACACGAUCCUAUAGCCAAUAGUUCACCAUGGAUAUGCCGGGCGCUCGGUCGCACUGUGUUUCUUCGAGAAAGUAAGCAGGAACGGAACUGUGGAAGCUACCUGGUCCUCGCCUGUGUUUUCGUGACCACCAUGCUCAGUUUUCUUUGUUUCGUAACGUACUCGGAAAACGAAGCGGUGUCGCGGGAACGCUUCCUAGAGAUGCUGCACAUGUUUGAGGACCUUCAGCGACAACAGUGGCCUCGCGAAGACAAGCGCACUGGCAAUCUGAUCUCGACUUACACAAAGAUGCGUGCAUGGCUAGACGGGGAGAAUGAGGACGAAAGUGCACCCUCCGCUGCGGCCGCCGCGACUACUGCCGCGGGCGCUUCUACUGAAGUGCCGCCGUCCGCUCCUGCAAUAGCGUCGCAGACAACAGCUCGUAGUUUAGCUCCGGCUGCGGGGCCCGCAAUAGGUGCGCAAUCAGCAGCAGAACGAGAUGAGGCGAUGCCACCUACGCAAACGCACUGGACCGCUGAAAUGAGCGAGGACGACGCUGCACGCUUGAAUCGUGCCGACAAGGCGGUGCAGGAAAAACUGGAACAAGCGCCUAAAAUCCGUAUUGCCUUGCAGACAGGGGAACGGCGAGAAGACGUAGCUCGUGUUUUUGCGUUUGUUUCGCGACAAACUGUGCAAGGCGUGCUCAUGCGGACGCGGACCAAUAACGCGAUAAUAACGCAAAGCUCCCUGAUUCAGCAGAUGCUCUCCGAGUGGGCAAGCAGAAAAAUGGAUGGGUACCAAAAAAUAGAAAUACUAGAGAGACAUGAUGAAGUUGCAAUUCAUAGUUCGUGCAGAUAAAGAACUUGAAUAUACGGAAUCGCAUCGAUGACAUUAUUGUCCUAGUUCGUAAUCUGCAGGAGCGCUACGAGAAAUAUAGUCUGUCCUUACAUUUAGUCGUGAGCGUGUCGUUGUUUACACCUAACAGAAACGCCAGGCACUUGUACAAUAGCAUGGAAAUAUUCUCGAAUUAAAAAGUCGUAAAAGUCCUAUAAUCAAUGUACAUCGAAAUAUCAGCGCACGUGUGCUGGAGAUGUAUCUUGCGUCGCCAUGGUGCGACAGUAGAUGGGAGCCGCGUCGGGUGGGUCCGUGCCAGCUACGAGGAGGUGAUACUAGCCCGCGUCGCAGUAGCAGUCAAGCGGUUUUGCAAAAUAUCCGGGUUCCCGCAACAGUCGAAGAGAUGAAAAGGCAGCACCUUUCCGUCGUCAGUGUGGAACAUCCGGAUGAGCGAGGCAGGGGUCUCCACUUUCACGAGACAAACAAGAGACCAGUCAGUGGUGCGGUAAACCAGUGGGAAGCAGAGUCUGCAUGGCUGGAGGACAAGAACAGGCCAGCGCUGCGCGAGAAUUGGCUGGGAUACUUCUAUGCGUCGCAAGACGAAAAUUUUAUGGUCGACGAUCCUCUAGAGGAUGAAGCAAAGAAACUCAUACGAGUGGACCUCAUUGGCUAUGAGGGAAUGAGCAAGGAGAAUCUCUACGAACGCUGCCUUGACGCAUUCGAAGAUGCAUUGAGGGUACAACUACAACUACUAGUACAGUUUGGCUUUGUUGGUGCUGAACUCUCUUUUUCCUCGUCGUUUAUUUGAUGUUGAAGCGAAAAAAUGAAAAUGUCGAACUUGAAGAUAGAAGAGAAACUCUACUACGCAGAUCUGACUUUGAAUAAGUGCCUGCACUUUCACUUCGUAACAAAUUAAUAUUAAAUACAGGCGGCGUUGCAGAGUAUAGAAGCUUUGCCUGGUAGUGAUAGCUGGACUCUCAGUGCUCUGGAGCUGGCGGAGAGAGUCUGGUCAAAAAGGGCCUGGACCUUCGUUUACCUGCCAGAGCGGCGCGAGUACAUUCGCUGUGAGACAACGGCAGACAACGACGAGCCGCAUGUAGUCCCCGACUUGCCAGCAGUUGAUCCCGCAAGCUUGCCCCCUUCGCCGCAUAGGCCGCGUACCCCACGUGGAAAAAGUGACGGCAGCCCGCCGCCACUGCCUCCGCCGUUCUUGUCGCCGCUUUCUAACACUCGGCAAAGUGGUAGUGGGUCUACAGGAGGCGAAGCGACAACUGCGUCACAGCGGGUCAGUAACCCGGUGCGCGGUGCGGCAUCUUCACCGCGUGACAGCAGUGCUGCGCCAGCG